UAUAGCUUGUAGUUUAUACUGGACCUUACUGCAUGUUUUUGAUAAGUCUCUUACUGAAGAACAAACAUAGUUAUAGGAGGUUUUCAUGAUGCUUUCCUGAAUAUGUUACAUAGGUUUGUGCAAGACCGUGUGCUUGGCAUAUAAUAAAACAGGCAGGUGUUCAGGCAGGUUGUGUUAAUAUUUUAGUAGUUAAAUUAUUCAUUGCUGUAUUCAUCUUAAAUAGAGAAUCAGGAGCAGGUAGAACCAACUAACAAUGGCUACAGAGAAGAGAGGACACACAUCAAGGCCAGCACAGUAUCUUUCAGCUGAGAAUGGGGACAUGGGCCAAAACCCAAGUCUAAUUGUGCUUCCUUGUAGGGACGCCACUGUUACGCCUAAUUUUGCUACCAUAGAGCAACGCUUACCUAACCAUCAGAGAAAACUUCCAUGUCAUAAUAGAGACAUUUACAGGUAUAAAUCUGGAGUUUUAAGCUUUGACAGAAUGUCUUCGCAACGUAUUUCAUCAACAGGAAUGCGUAGAAUCAUACCUUCAUCUGCAAAUAGUCAUACUGUUCUAAGUGCACCUCGAGGACUAGUGACUUAUUUACAACUCUGCAAACCAAUUAUUCCCAGAGUAAGACCAAAUUCAACUGGGCUCAGGUCACAUAACCCUUAUAUUCACAAGCCUAAGGAGGAUGAUACCUUAAAGCACAUUAACUUAAACACUGAUCUGGCUGUAUAUGGUGUCCCACUUGGGCAUUUACAACCAUCCUCACAAAAUGUUGCACAAAGAGUAGAGAAAAUACAAAUCCAUGUCUUCCUUCCACGGGAUCAGCAUCAGCUCGAAGACAAGAUCAGCUCCAAGUUUAACUCUUUGACCCUUCAAGAGUGUAAAAAUCCAGAAAAUGACAAGAUGGCUAUUAUGUAAACCUUGGCAUAGAUUUAUUAUGGCAUAGAAAUAAUGUGACAGACUAUGCAUUAAGAUUACUGCAUUAUAUGUUACCCUUAUUCUACCAAACGCAUUUACAUUGUAAUGUUUACUAAAAA